AUGAACAAUUUACUGCCCCAAAAUGUAACGAUGCAUGAGAAAUAUGAUCUCAAGGGAUCCACUUACAAGCGAUUAGCUUCGAAAAUGGAAAGGGCAAAGGCCUCACCUACUUUGAAGGACUUAGAUUUUAUCGAAAAUCAUCCACAUGAAGGCCUCAUAAUGGAUCCAGUCUCGUAUGAUAGUUUAUUGCGAACGAUAAGCCGGGAUUGCCUUGUUUUGGAGAGCUUCAAAAUCAUGGAUUAUUCGUUAUUAGUCGGUAUACACAAUGUUGAGUUGACACCAGGCGGUCGUAAUCAGGCAUCACGGCAAGAUAGCGAAGACGACAUGGAACAAGUUGAUGAUUUACCAAGCACUAGUCGGGGAGAAGGGGAGCCACGGAAGAAGCCGCUGCAAACCAAAUUUUCUGUGUGGGAUCAAUCCGAGUUUGAAGCCUCUGUUCCGCCAGGAGGGGUUCCGGCUAGGAAUUCUAACGGCGAUAGAUUGAUUUUAUUCUUAGGAAUAAUCGAUAUUCUUCAAAACUACCGAUUAUUGAAGAAGAUGGAGCAUACUUGGAAGGCUAUCUUGCAUGAUGGGGACUCUAUUUCUGUCCAUAAUCCCAGCUUCUAUGCUCAACGUUUCCUAUCCUUCAUGACCGAAAAAGUAUUCAAGAAAGGACCA